AUGAAGAACUUCAUUUACAGGAAAAGAGCUUCUGAAAGGGUUACACCUUCUCGUAGUGAGCAAACAAUCAUUGACUUGUUGCUAAUGUCUGUCUCUUGUAUUGCCUUCCUACGUGGGUUUUUCACCGACAAGUUUUUCAUUGACGACGUCUUUGAAAUACCCAAAGAUCCCGCUAGCCCUAAUUUAUCCAAAAGGGAUUCGAUCAAAAUCAAGAGAAUAAAAGCAGGAGUUUCCGAUGAGGCAGACAUGAUUUUGCGCUGGAUCGAUACCUCAGUUUUUGACGCAUUGCAUAAACGGUAUUUGAGAUCUAUUAACCUAUCCAUUGUAUUGGAUGAAAAUCAUCCUUCUGACGUUUACGAGUCGUACAAUUUUGAUGUAGACUACAACGAUUCAUCAAACGAAUCCAUAACCUUCAACGAAGAAGUGCUACUCACUCCACAAGAGAUAACUAAACUUCAAAUAUUCAAACUCCUCAAACGGUUUAUCUUGCUGACACAAUCCCUACCAGCACUCCCACCAAAAAGAUUUCUUUUUAUGAGAUUAUUGUUUAGUGAUCGAUGUCCAACUGAUUACCAUGUAGAUCAUUUCACUGAUUGCUCAGAUGAAAGCUCAGCGUCAAUAAAAAUACCAUUACCGGUUUACCAUGAUAUUAUUGCAAAUUGUGGGGAGGUUAACUCUGUUCACCAUCAAAUAAGCACUUCAUUAGUUUCUCUGUCAAAUUUAGCAACUACUGAUUUCGAAAAUGCGAAGAUUAUGAAGCUAGACCCAUUUAGUAUUUCAAGUUCGAGCUAUUAUAACGUCUCAAACAAGGUUCCAGAAGUGAUUGAUUCCCAAGUUUCACAAAUUACCAAAGAUUUGUACACGGUCGUAAAGAACUACGAUGCAAAAAUACAUGAUGGGUUUACGCAGAUCCCUUCUGUGCAGGAGUCUGAACCGUCGAUCGAAUGCAGCUGCAAAUCAAGGAUGUACCUACAAUAUUCAUCUAUCGUGCAGUGUGAUACAUGUUAUAGGAUUAUGCAUAAAGUUUGUUAUUCAGUAACCUCAGACAACUCUCGAUCAUUUACCUGCAUAGAUUGCCUUCCUGAUAAAAGAACCAUCAAUUUUGUUGACAUGCUGAUAAUUUUUAACAUCAGGAAAUUGAUUACACUUUUGCAACACAACAAGAAAACUUCUUUGAAAUCAAUAACAGAGGCCGCAGUGCUUUUGGGUUAUGACCUAAAUGAUUUCUCUUCAGAUGAAUCAAUUCAGAUGAGUAUUGUUAACUCAUUUUCCAUUCUUAUUUAUCAAGGUAUAUUCUCGCUGAAGACCCAUAAAUCUUUUUCUCACAACGUCUUCAAAGUUGAUGUUGAGGGAUUGAUAUGUAACAAUUCUAAAAUCAAAAAGGGUAAAUACUUCUUAUCUUAUGUCACAAAAAACAACCACCAAAAAAUUAACAAGUUUAUUGAUCCUAACUUUGGGAAAGAAAAUGAAAUAAAUAACAUGAAUGAAAGCGUAGCAAGUCAAAUUGGUGAUGAAACAAUAGUUGAAGAUACUGCAACUAAAAUCUAA